UGGAUGACUACUAAUCCCAGCAUGCCAUUGGCACUCCAGUAAAUCAGAUGGAAGAGCGGGAUAACCCCAUUGCAUGCAGGGAAUUGUAGUCCAUUUGGCUGCUGGUUCAUAGAUGGGCGGAGAAGAGAAGGGUUGCUCUUGUCCGCCGAGAAUGAUUCAUAGAGGAGGGUCAGGAAAGAACGGCUCAGUCUGUGAAAGCCCCCUCAAAAGACUAGACACUUUACCGAGGGAGGGAGAGGCAGGAGAGCAAGCAGAGCUUCGAGCCUGACUCCGGCUCGGUCCGCUCGCCAGGCCUCGACCUAGUCCUGGGCCUGGUCGGGGGCGGCCGUGAGGCGCCGGUUGUUGGGGGAGCGGUGACGUCGCGGGGUGAAAGUUGAGGGGCGUGACGUACGGCCGGCCCGGGCGGAGGCUGGCGGGUUGGAGGCAGGAGGGAGGGAGGGAAAAGAGGGAAGGAAGGAAGCUGGGAAGGAGCGAGCGAGCGGGGGCGCGAGGCGUUUACCUGGAGGCAGCGGCUUGGGCGCGCAGAGCGGCCGCGGCUCCCCCGCACCUGCGGCCAUGGAUGAGGAGCGCGCCCUCUAUAUCGUCCGGGCCGGCGAAGCGGGGGCUAUCGAGCGGGUCCUGAGGGAUUACAGCGACAAGCAUAGGGCUACUUUCAAAUUUGAAUCAACAGAUGAAGAUAAAAGAAAGAAACUCUGUGAAGGCAUAUUUAAAGUCCUUAUAAAGGACAUCCCAACAACAUGUCAAGUGUCCUGCCUAGAAGUACUCCGCAUUCUCUCCAGAGACAAAAAGGUUUUAGUUCCUGUAACAACUAAGGAAAAUAUGCAGAUACUGCUGCGACUAGCCAAGCUAAAUGAGUUGGAUGAUUCUUUGGAGAAGGUGUCAGAGUUCCCAGUUAUUGUGGAGUCAUUAAAAUGUCUGUGUAACAUAGUGUUCAACAGUCAGAUGGCACAGCAGCUCAGCCUGGAACUUAAUCUUGCUGCAAAGCUCUGUAACCUCCUGAGAAAGUGCACGGACCGGAAAUUUAUCAAUGACAUUAAGUGCUUUGACUUGCGCCUACUCUUCCUUCUGUCACUUUUGCACACCGACAUCAGGUCACAAUUGCGCUAUGAGCUCCAGGGACUACCGCUGCUAACCCAGGUCUUGGAAAGUGCCUUUAGCAUCAAGUGGACCGAUGAGUAUGAAUCGGCCAUAGACCAUAAUGGACCUCCUCUCUCACCUCAGGAGACAGACUGUGCCAUUGAGGCCCUCAAAGCUCUCUUCAAUGUGACGGUAGACAGUUGGAAGGUCCAUAAAGAGAGUGAUUCUCAUCAGUUUCGUGUAAUGGCAGCUGUCCUUCGUCAUUGUUUACUAAUCGUAGGUCCAACUGAAGACAAAACAGAAGAGCUACACAGCAAUGCAGUCAACCUUUUAAGCAAUGUUCCGGUCUCUUGUUUGGAUGUUCUCAUUUGUCCAUUAACCCAUGAAGAAACAGCCCAAGAGGCAACGACUCUAGAUGAACUGCCCAGUAAUAAAACAGCUGAGAAAGAAACAGUUUUGAAAAAUAAUACCAUGGUAUACAAUGGUAUGAAUAUGGAAGCCAUUCAUGUUUUACUCAGUUUUAUGGAGAAGAGAAUAGACAAGGGAAGCAGCUAUAGAGAGGGUCUAACUCCAGUUCUUAGUUUAUUAACCGAAUGUUCCCGAGCCCAUCGAAACAUCCGAAAAUUUCUCAAAGAUCAGGUUUUACCACCGUUGAGGGAUGUGACAAAUCGACCUGAAGUUGGCUCAACUGUGAGAAAUAAGCUGGUGCGCCUCAUGACACAUGUUGACCUUGGAGUCAAGCAAAUUGCUGCUGAAUUCCUUUUUGUCCUUUGCAAAGAGAGAGUGGAUAGUCUGCUGAAAUAUACUGGCUAUGGGAAUGCUGCAGGACUGUUGGCGGCCAGGGGCCUCUUGGCUGGAGGAAGAGGAGAUAAUUGGUACUCAGAGGAUGAGGACACAGACACUGAAGAAUACAAAAAUGCAAAACCAAACAUUAAUCUUAUCACUGGUCAUUUAGAGGAACCAAUGCCAAACCCCAUAGAUGAAAUGACAGAAGAACAAAAAGAAUAUGAAGCCAUGAAACUUGUCAACAUGCUUGAUAAACUUUCCAGAGAGGAGUUGCUUAAACCAAUGGGACUAAAACCUGAUGGGACAAUAACGCCUUUGGAGGAAGCACUCAACCAGUACUCUGUCAUCGAAGAGACCAGCUCUGACACAGACUAAAAGCAUCACCUGCUCAACUCUCAAUAUUGCUUUAUCAGCAUCUUUUCUCUGUAGCUCCAGGGGAAUCUUUUCUCUAAAACAUUUAUGCCCUUGCUUUGGCUAGAAACACAUUAACUGGUUUACUCAUUGAGAAUCCAGCAUAUUUAAGAGGUGACCCUGUGUUUUUUGCGAUAUUGAGGCAUUUAUACAGAGCUGCAGUUAGACGGAGUUACAGGGGCUAGAAGCAGAAAAAAAAAAUUCCAUUUCAUCAGGAUGGAACUGAAGGAUUUUAUUUUAUAAUGCGGCCCUGAUUGAAUCUGGCAAUUCUUUUUGCCAAGAUUCUUAGCAGAAGAUUUAGCCAUGUCCUUCCCCUCACUGGUGUGAGUGGCCCCUUCUCAAUCUCUCCAGCAGCCAGAGUCAUGUGAGAAGCAGAAUGAGCUGGUAAAUAAAGGCCCUGAGCAAGUGACUUCUUAGAUCAGAACUGACUAAAUGGAAGCCUAGCAGCUGCUCCAUAAACCUAGCCCCAUUCUUCAUAUCAAUUUUGUAUAAAUAUAUAGAAACACACACACAGCCUCAGACUUACAAACUGAUUAUAUUCUAAAAGUUUGUAUGUCACUUAGCUAAAACUUCAGAAUACAUUUCUCUCCCUAUAAAAAGUUAUAAAUGAUGGUUUAGUUCUCAGGCAGCUACAAAUGCCUAUUUAUUCCCUCAUGUACCUAAACACUAGUACCAUAGAACUGAACCAUCAUCUGUAUCAGUGCAUGGGGAGUCUGCAUUCUGAGGUCUCACCCGGGGUGCCAGGAACACACACAUCCUCCAUCCCAGCAGAAAGAAUGGAGACUCCCUUAGUAAUGGGAGUUUUUUCGUGGCCUCUGCUUGGGGUGGGGGAGUCAGAAGCACCCAUUUGUACAUAUAGGUCAUUCAUACAUCAUGUUUUAAAUUGGGGAUUAUGUGUGUGCUGGUGUGUGUGUGUAUUCUACCUUUCUACCAUAUGUGAUCAGUUUAAUAGUAACUUUAUUUAUUUAAAAAAAAAAAGAAACACAAUUAAUUACUGUUAAACUGAUAAAGGCUGUUUAUUUUUACUUUUAGAAUUGGUCCUAUGAAGAAGUAGAAACUGAAUCAUGCAAUAGACAGUGGGCCUAGCUGAUCAGUGGCUAAAGUUGAAAAGGGGUUGGUUUCCUGUAUAUAUAUGUAUGUAUAUACACAUGUACAUACAUUCAUAUAUAUACAUAUAAACAUAAUGUGCUUAACCACUGCCUUUUAAAAAUUUAAAUAAAACAUUGGGGUUGAUUCAAUUUAGCCAUCUAUGUGUGUUUCUUUAUAGAUCCAUGGGCUAAACAAUGCUACUUCACAGUUUGUGCUUUUUAAAAGUGUUUUUACAUCCAUUCUCUCAUUUAUAAUAGCCUUUUUAAGGAUAGGUAAAGUACAUGGAAUGUUAGUGAAAAGGUCAUUUAUCCAGAAGUUAUUUCUCUGGAAAACAAAAAAAAUCAGGAAUUGAGUUUUAAAAGGCCUUCCAGCUGCCAGAAGAGAUGUCACAAAGUUUCUUACAACUUAUGGGAGAGAUCUUCAAGAAUAUCACUCUUAGGCUCUGUACUGAAAUUUGCAUACGCUUCCAACAUGUUUUGUUAGCUGGCUUUGAAGCUCACUAAAAAAAAAAUGGCAAAGAAAGAGUCUGCUAGGUUGAAGGCAGGCAUACUGAAAGAAGAAAAAAGCCAACUAAAACUAGUUUGUGAGAUGAGAAGAAUAAACCAUUCAAGACAGCAAAUCGGGGACUAUCUACUUACCAAAGGAUACUCUAGUUGACCCAGAAAAUGUGUACAACAGUAUGGCCUAUAGACUAAUUCUCAUAAUGAAUUUAAAAGAAGCAGUUACAUCCAGAAUAUUUUAUAAAAGGCUAAGAAGAAGACAAUACAUGUUAGAAUUUCCUCCAAAAUAUUUGAGGGAAAGAUUUUGAGUGACCCAGGUUUUAACUAACAGCAAAUAAAAUGAAAUGGGCAAUUCAUAAUUUUAGAUUAAGUGAAAAAAAGUUUAGAAAAAAUUUAAGUAUUUUUGUUAUUUCAUUCUACAAAUGCAUUUUUAAAGUAUUUUUAUAAUUUCUAUAAUCAAAUAGCUUUGGCAUGCAUGUCAGCUUACCUACAUGCAGAUGUGUUUAAUGAAAUGCCAUCUUACUGGCUUUCUUUACACAGUGUUUCCACAGUCCUGUUUAAGUAGCUGUGCACUUCUGCUUUCAGUGAGUUCUGUUUCAUUUUGCAUUUCUCUGCACUGGGCACUAAGCUUUGUUUUUGAAAAGAGACAACUUGCGGGGAAGAAGAAGAGAGUGACUUCACCUGGCACUCGGAAAGAACUAAUAUCUGUUAAGUGCUUACUAUAUCCUGGGCUUUUUAUGUAUGUUAUCUCAUGUAACCUCACCUUAUCUCAUAUGAAAGAUCCUCUCCAGAAAGCUUGUGAAAGUUACCCCAUGUCACAGCAAGGAAGAGUCCAACUCUGGUGGCCUGAUUCCCAGCACCACUCCUUUUCCCCCAGCACACUUGGGCCCACACUGUGCCUCCUUAGGCUCUGAAAUGCUGGGAACCAGAGUGGUAUGAGGAGGGUGGUCAUUCUCAGGCCAUUUUAAGCAAUAACUAUUUCAGCAGAACUAGUUAAGUUUUUAAGCAGGGAAAUGACCUGGAGUGGAAGUAUGAGUGGGGAAAAUCCAGUACUUGCUUGGUCAGUACUGGAUUUCCAAGAAAGACCUGGAAUCCUUUAGAAUAGGCUAGGGACCAAGGCUGCAGGCUGGUCCCUCUGCCCCAACUCUCCUGACCUUGGAACCAGGGUACGGAGGCAUGUGUCCUAAAAUAAAGCAUUUGAGCUGCUGCUACAGAGGAACGAUCAUCAGAUAUUGUGACGCUUUCAGAUGCCCAAUAGUCCUGGGAGGCAGGCAGGGCAGGUGUUAUUAUCCCUCCUUUAUAAAUGAGGACACAGACUGAGGCAGUACAAGUGACUCUAAACACCCCCUUAGUGCCACAUCAGUCUUACCACCUCCCAGGACUAGGCGUCACCUGUAUUGACCCCCUCUUCCCCUCUGAUUAUAAAAGUAAUAUAUGUUCAUUGUGGAAAGUUUGGAAAAUGCAGAAAAUAAUUUACCCCAAAUCCCACCAUCCUGAAAUCACUGUUAAUGUUUUAGUGUAUUUCCUUCCUGUAUUUUUUCUAUGCAUAUAUAAUUUAUUUUACUACAAGAUUGGGAUCAUGCUGUAUUUACAUAUUUGUAUCCUGCUUUCUUUAACAUGUUGUGAGCAUUUUCCCAUGCCAAUAAAUAUUCUUCAAAAGUUAA